AUGUUUAUAUUAUCUUUACUAUUAUUUCAUUUUAUUCAAUUAAUUAUUGUUAGGAGUGCAGUUUUCAGAAAUGAUGAAAAUAGUUAUCUCCAACGAAGGGAUAAUUUUGAUAAAGAUUUUAAAGGGUAUCAAAUGGGUCAUUUUAAUACAAGAGACAUUCCAAAAAUUAAUGUUCCUAUAUCACGUGAAGUAAUAUUUCGAUCGAGAGAGAAAUGUUUUCAGAAAUGUUUAGUACCCUGUGGUGAGGUAACAGCAUCAUUAUCAUUUGACGAUGAUGAAGGUGAAUUUCCACAAGAUAUAUUAUUUAAAUGCCUUCGUCUUAAACCUCCCGAAAAAAGUGGAUUCCGUCAUCUUAUUUCUACAUCACCGCCACUAAUAGCGGCAGCUGUACUUUUGACCGCUAUUAUUUUAAUGUUAUUAAUCUGUAUAAUAUGUUCAAUUGUCGGGUCAUGUAAAAGGAGAAGGAGACUUGAAAGAAACAGAUUGCCAACUUUUAAUACUGAAAAUAUUGAACCAAUGGAAAGUAUUGAACCUAGUAGAUAUAUAAAGGUAUCAGCAGAUAGAAAUGGUUUAAUAAAAAUUGACGAAACAGAAGAUACUGAUUUUGGACAAUGUAAAAAGGUUACCAGCAGUGAAUGUUAA